CAAAAGAGGAAGAAGAAUAAAAAGAUCCGAGAGAUAUGCCGCAUACCUGCCCAAAAUCAUGAGUCUUUUCAUAAAAAAAUAAAAAAAGAUCCGUUGAAAGAAAUGCAAUGAGAGAAAAAGAAGAUCUGAAGUGACGAGCUGACUGUCAGCGCAUUUUUCUUAACUAAACUGAAAGAAAAAAAAUUACCAGUUGUGAUUCAUCGCCAGAAUUUGAAAGAUGUACCUGCACUGUAGACGUAAACAACCUAAAACCACCAGUUGGUGAUACGAUGCCGCAGUGAAGAAUUACCCGAUUCGUUUUUAUCAUACACAUUUCGUUGUACUCCACAGUCUGUGCCAUUUCUUUACGUGAAGUCUCGUUACUUGACACUACCAGCAUGCUCAGGUGAUUCUGCACAUCGCCUUUGAAAAGAAACAAAGCAUGCCAAAGGGCGGAAUGUUUAAAAGACAAGGACAGAAACAUAAGGCGGUCGGCGCUAUGUCUACGGUAGGCAGUGCCAAGAGCAAGAGCACGGUGCGGAGUAACGCCAGCAGCCAGGGCACCGCCGGCUCCAGUAAGAGCCCUUACAUCGGCCAGACCCCGCGGUACAACCGCACCUAUCGCUCCAUCAGCGACGCCUGGUGGAGCGUGGGGGAGUACAUGCGCCCUGGGAUUACCCAUCAAUCCGUGGGAUUGUCCUUGAAGGGUGCAGGACUGAUCGGUCAGCCCGAGGACACUGACACGUGGGACCUGAGCGACUCUCUCGCCGAUAUGUAUGAUAAAGUGAUGCGGGAGAUGAGGCAGAACAUGCCGACUAAGAAAACAAACGGUGAUAAAAGCAUAGAUGUCCGAGCUUGGCUGGAAAAGGACACAAGCAACGGAUUCAUCCGGGUCUUCAUACCGGAUUCGGAUUUAAGCAAAUCAUAUUUGAUUCCUUUAACACUGAACACACCGGCGGGGAGAGUGUGUCAAAUAUUAGGAAUACCACCGAAUUCGCUCCACGUGCAGUUGAAUGGUGACAUUAUUCAGCGACUGGAGCCAUACGAAAACCCAUUGGUUAUUCAAAACGAGUACCUCGCUACCAUUGGCUACACUGAUGUGACGCGUAUCCAGGAGGAGGGGCAUAACCCGGAAAUUGGGUUCCAGAUUAGAUUUUACACAGGCAAACCCUUCCAUGACGGCACGUACUCCAGGAACCAGCUGCAGGCCUGGGUGGAGGUCCGUAAGGGGAAGGUGUUACACCAGUGGGCCCGGCGCCUGUGUAUCAUAUCAGGCACCAGGUUAUACAUAUACAGAGACAAGGAACGCCGGAAUACUCCCACGGUGGUUCAGCUGGCCAAGGGGUCUGUAGAGGAGGUCAGUAUUAAAGGUCACGAACGCUGCCUCAAGCUGACCUCGACCAUACAGGGUGAGAAGUCGGUGUUCCUGUCCUUCAGCAGUGAGUCUCAGUACGCGAAGUGGAGGAAGAAGUGUAAGAAGGCAACGUCAAAGCUUCCAACAAGCGCCGAUCUCUCCAACAACCACCUUGAAUUCCUCCCGGAGAACCUGUUCAUCAACGAAGAGCUGACCAUGUUGAACCUGCGCCAUAACGUCCUGAAGGAGAGGCCGAUAGAGGACGACAUCUACACCAUAGGCUGGCUCGAUGACCUUCCCAGAUUUCGCCAUUUGCGGAGUCUCAAUCUAGCUGACAACAACCUCGGUGUUAUCCCUACGUCUAUCUACCUUAUCAAGACACUGGUGGAGCUCAACGUGGCCAGCAACAAGCUAGAAGACAUCCCAUCGCAAAUAUCGAAUUUAUGCAACUUGCAGGCUCUUCACAUCCACAACAACCACCUUACCAGCCUCCCAGAGGAGAUGGUGACACUGAAGAAACUGUUCAUUCUGGUGCUGGCCUUCAACAAGUUCCCAGUCAUCCCGAGCACGGUCGCCAUAAUGACCAAUGUGCGCAUGACGGAAGUAGAAAACCUUAUUAUGGCGGGAAAUUACGUAGAGAGGCUUUCGGGCGAACUACUAGAUAAGAUGAAAUAUGUGAAGAAAGUGGAUCUUCGCAUGAACCGUUUGACUCUUCCUCCGAGUGAAACGACAAAGUUUCAUCUCCUGGAGCAAUUGACUCAUUUAGAUAUCAGGGACAACAAAGUGGCGGACUUGGAUAUCCGGAGCGUGAGAACGUUGGAGUACCUGAAUUGUGAACGAAACAAGAUGACAACGCUGCAAGUAAACGGCGCGUCACUGAAGAAUCUCUUUGCAGCGCACAACGACAUCCACUAUUUGUACAUAACACCUAAACCAGAGUGGCUGGUGACUUUGGAUGUCUCACACAACAAACUAAAAGCUCUUCCAGAGUGGCUUCCGGAUUGUUUCUUCCUUCAAAAGCUGCAGGCCAGCUACAACAGGAUCACAACGCUGCCACCAAGGAUAUUCCUAGACUCCAAGAAGCUCAAGUUUUUGUGGGUGGACCAUAACGAGUUGGAGCAGCUUCCCCAGGACGUGGACGCCUUCUACGUGGAGGAACUUCACGUUGAGAACAACAAGAUCAGGCUGCUGCCGGCGGACUUCCUAAGGAACGCUAACAAAUUACGAGUCUUCAAUGCGACCAGCAACAAGUUGACCAGUCUCCCUGACCUGAGCCCAGUCCAGGACCUGAACAAGAUCCAGGAACUGUAUCUGAGUGGGAACUUCCUGCAGGACGAGUCGUUCACCACCCUGUGUGGAUACCAGAGACUGAAGUGUCUGCACAUAGCGCAUAACGAUAUCUACGAGAUCUUUGAACGAGAUGUGAGUCGCCUGCAAGCUUUGCAAGAGUUGAACAUAUCCGAGAAUAAGCUCAAGUUUCUACCGGACGCCAUCACACGUCUUCCCGACCUGCGCGUCCUGAGAGCUCACUCCAACAUGCUGCGGUACCUGCCAGACUUUGGACGCUCUUCAAACCUCAAGGUGCUGGACGUGGGCUUGAACCGCCUUCUGGACACCUCUGUCACUGAUCUCAUGUCCUCCCAGAUUGACCUGCUGGACAUGUCCUGUAACACUCAGAUGAGGGUGGACAUGAAGGAGCUACAGUCUGUCAGGCGAUACAAAGACAUCAACAUGAUAGACAUGACAGGCCAGAACCGAACUUUACCCGGUUUGGACAAUAGAGGGCGCACUAGUGGUGGAGACGAUCCAUGUCCGUGGAAUCUUGGAUUCUCAGAAACAUCUGGGAUACGAAAUAAGCUGUGUGUGGCGUCAAUUAAGAUGGCAAAGUAUGACGAAGGACAGGCGUUGCUCGGGGUGUUUGAUGGCGGACUGAAUAACGAAGUGCCGAAAAUCUUGGCAGAUCGGAUCCCAGAUCUAAUUAGAAGAGAACGAUACGAGAAAGAAAACAGGGAUGAGUACAUGAAAUACACCUUCCUAACCGCCCACAGAGAGUUAAGACACAAAGGCCAGAGACUGGGCGCUUCCGGUGCUGUUUGUCACAUAAGAAGACUGUUUGAGAACAGGGACCGCUACAAACUGGAGGUGGCAAACGCUGGUGACGUCAGCAUAGUGAUGUCACGUGGCGGAGAGGCGGUGUGUCUGACUAAGUUGCACACCAUUGAGGAUAGCCCAGAUGAGUGCCAGAGAAUUUGUAAAUCCGAUGGAAUCAUCACAGAGGACAACAAAGUCAACGGCGUCUGCAACUGUACGAAGCAACUGGGCUGCAGUUACCUAUUCCCCCACAUAAUCCCCGACCCCCACACCGAGAGGAUUACCCUAAAGCCAGAAGACCAGUGCCUCAUCAUCGCCAAUAGAGGGCUCUGGCAGUACGUGUCUUACCAAGAGGCGGUAUGGGAGGUGGAGAGCCUUUCCAAUCCUGUCAUGGCGGCAAAACGGCUGCAGGAUCUUGCCCAGAGUUAUGGGUCGAGAGAAAACAUUUGUAUACUUGGCAAACCCUUCCAUGACGGCACGUACUCCAGGAACCAGCUGCAGGCCUGGGUGGAGGUCCGUAAGGGGAAGGUGUUACACCAGUGGGCCCGGCGCCUGUGUAUCAUAUCAGGCACCAGGUUAUACAUAUACAGAGACAAGGAACGCCGGAAUACUCCCACGGUGGUUCAGCUGGCCAAGGGGUCUGUAGAGGAGGUCUGUAUUAAAGGUCACGAACGCUGCCUCAAGCUGACCUCGACCAUACAGGGUGAGAAGUCGGUGUUCCUGUCCUUCAGCAGUGAGUCUCAGUACGCGAAGUGGAGGAAGAAGUGUAAGAAGGCAACGUCAAAGCUUCCAACAAGCGCCGAUCUCUCCAACAACCACCUUGAAUUCCUCCCGGAGAACCUGUUCAUCAACGAAGAGCUGACCAUGUUGAACCUGCGCCAUAACGUCCUGAAGGAGAGGCCGAUAGAGGACGACAUCUACACCAUAGGCUGGCUCGAUGACCUUCCCAGAUUUCGCCAUUUGCGGAGUCUCAAUCUAGCUGACAACAACCUCGGUGUUAUCCCUACGUCUAUCUACCUUAUCAAGACACUGGUGGAGCUGAACGUGGCCAGCAACAAGCUAGAAGACAUCCCAUCGCAAAUAUCGAAUUUAUGCAACUUGCAGGCCCUUCACAUCCACAACAACCACCUCACCAGCCUCCCAGAGGAGAUGGUGACACUGAAGAAACUGUUCAUUCUGGUGCUGGCCUUCAACAAGUUCCCAGUCAUCCCCAACACGGUCGCCAUGAUGACCAAUGUGCGCAUGACGGAAGUAGAGAACCUUAUUAUGGCGGGAAAUUACGUAGAGAGGCUUUCGGGCGAACUACUAGAUAAGUUGAAAUAUGUGAAGAAAGUGGAUCUUCGCAUGAACCGUUUGACUCUUCCUCCGAGUGAAACGACAAAGUUUCAUCUCCUGGAGCAAUUGACUCAUUUAGAUAUCAGGGACAACAAAGUGGCGGACUUGGAUAUCCGGAGCGUGAGAACGUUGGAGUACCUAAAUUGUGAACGAAACAAGAUGACAACGCUACAAGUCAACGGCGCGUCACUGAAGAAUCUCUUUGCAGCGCACAACGACAUCCACUACCUUUACAUAACACCUAAACCAGAGUGGCUGGUGACUUUGGAUGUCUCACACAACAAACUAAAAGCUCUUCCAGAGUGGCUUCCGGAUUGUUUCUUCCUUCAAAAGCUGCAGGCCAGCUACAACAGGAUCACAACGCUGCCACCAAGGAUAUUCCUAGACUCCAAGAAGCUCAAGUUUUUGUGGGUGGACCAUAACGAGCUGGAGCAGCUUCCCCAGGACGUGGACGCCUUCUACGUGGAGGAACUUCACGUUGAGAACAACAAGAUCAGGCUGCUGCCGGCGGACUUCCUAAGGAACGCUAACAAAUUACGAGUCUUCAAUGCGACCAGCAACAAGUUGACCAGUCUCCCUGACCUGAGCCCAGUCCAGGACCUGAACAAAAUCCAGGAACUGUAUCUGAGUGGGAACUUCCUGCAGGACGAGUCGUUCACCACCCUGUGUGGAUACCAGAGACUUAAGUGUCUGCACAUAGCGCAUAACGAUAUCUACGAGAUCUUUGAACGAGAUGUGAGUCGCCUGCAAGCUUUGCAAGAGUUGAACAUCUCCGAGAAUAAGCUCAAGUUUCUACCGGACGCCAUCACACGUCUUCCCGACCUGCGCGUCCUGAGAGCUCACUCCAACAUGCUGCGUUACCUGCCAGACUUUGGACGCUCUUCAAACCUCAAGGUGCUGGACGUGGGCUUGAACCGCCUUCUGGACACCUCUGUCACUGAUCUCAUGUCCUCCCAGAUUGACCUGCUGGACAUGUCCUGUAACACUCAGAUGAGGGUGGACAUGAAGGAACUACAGUCUGUCAGGCGAUACAAAGACAUCAACAUGAUAGACAUGACAGGCCAGAACCGAACUUUACCCGGUUUGGACAAUAGAGGGCGCACUAGUGGUGGAGACGAUCCAUGUCCUUGGAAUCUUGGAUUCUCAGAAACAUCUGGGAUACGAAAUAAGCUAUGUGUGGCGUCAAUUAAGAUGGCAAAGUAUGACGAAGGACAGGCGUUGCUCGGGGUGUUUGAUGGCGGACUGAAUAACGAAGUGCCGAAAAUCUUGGCAGAUCGGAUCCCAGAUCUAAUUAGAAGAGAACGAUACGAGAAAGAAAACAGGGAUGAGUACAUGAAAUACACCUUCCUAACCGCCCACAGAGAGUUAAGACACAAAGGCCAGAGACUGGGCGCUUCCGGUGCUGUCUGUCACAUAAGAAGACUGUUUGAGAAUAGAGACCGCUACAAACUGGAGGUGGCAAACGCUGGUGACGUCAGCAUAGUGAUGUCACGUGGCGGAGAGGCGGUGUGUCUGACUAAGUUGCACACCAUUGAAGAUAGUCCAGAUGAGUGCCAGAGAAUUUGUAAAUCCGAUGGAAUCAUCACAGAGGACAACAAAGUCAACGGCGUCUGCAACUGUACGAAGCAGCUGGGCUGCAGUUACCUAUUCCCCCACAUAAUCCCCGACCCCCACACCGAGAGGAUUACCCUAAAGCCAGAAGACCAGUGCCUCAUCAUCGCCAAUAGAGGGCUCUGGCAGUACGUGUCUUACCAAGAGGCGGUCUGGGAGGUGGAGAGCCUUUCCAAUCCUGUUAUGGCGGCAAAACGGCUGCAGGAUCUUGCCCAGAGUUAUGGGUCGAGAGAAAACAUUUGUAUACUUGUGUUGAAGCUGUUCAUACCAGAGCUGGAAUUGCAGAGAGACAUCCUCAGCCCACUCCGCCUGGAGCUUCAGAACCUCCGGGAGGGUAUUGACGUCGAUAACGAAAGUGAUCGCCAGUCUGACGUCAGCAGUCAGGACAGCGCAAGGUGCACUGGUCCCGAGACGGAACCGGAAGACGUCGAUAUAGUCGACAACAGGCGGCGGCGAGUGCGAAGUCCAAGACGGAACCGACCAGCAGCAUCCGAUGUUCAGGUGCGCCCUCUACCGGGGCACAGAUACCGCAGGCGGGAUGACGCAGAAGAGUGGGCCAGCAUAAUCCAACAGCGUCUCUCCGAGGAGGUCAAGGAUAAGGAGCUUAAAUAUUCGGUGGCGGAUAUCGCAAUCGCCAUCGAGGAAGUGGAAACGCAACUGCCGAGAAAGGAGACGAAGAAACCCUCUCUUCGUGACGUAGAGAACUGGCUGACGUCACGAGAACCUGUACCAUGGGAGAGAUCAGAUUCCCAACAACUUGUCAUGCCUUCGGAAGUCGUGAGGCGAGAGCAGAAGAAAAAAGCUGAGAGCAUCACCGACACCGAGUCCACUCUGCUGAGACCAUCUCAGAUUAAGAAAUCGACCAGGUUGAAAGAUAGCAGGCGGCAGUACAACACGCUGCCUGUGUCCCGAAGCAAAGGAAUGGCCAAUGAUGACAGUGCCCUCAGCGACCACUCCAGUAAGCUGUCAGGGAUGAUCAAGGCCACGCCCCGGAAGCACAAGGCCAAGACCAUCCACGGUUUACGGGGCGGGAAGUACAAGACGGAGGCUGCGUCCUACCUCACCACCUGCAUUAAACGUCGACAGGGUCAGGAAAUCGCCAGCAUCUUAAGCGAGCUUGUGAAGACAGACCAUCCUGAUAAACAGACGCAAGGUGAAAGUACAGAAGAAACCCGAGACAGUGGCAAAACGCAGAACAAACUUCAUGAUAACGUCCAAACAAUUUUUCAUUCAGAGACUGAUUCUCAACUUCCCGAAAGUUCAGAUGCAAAACUUAAAGGAGCUCAAUCCGACACGUGGAACGAGACACUUGGAAGUGGUUAUGACAACGAGGUGUACAGCACAGAUGCGUCUACCUCGGACAGAGACCGAAGAGUAAGCGAUUCAAGGUUCGUGUACGAGGAGAUUCACUUGGAUCGGACCCAUGAUAUGAACGCAAGGUCAGACUCCGAGUCGUCCUUCGCGCCGCCCUCUCAGUCGCCGGUAGACACGUCAUCAGUCGUGGACCACCCUGCGACUCAGGUGGUGGAAGUCGAGGUCCAUAAUGAUGACCCAGAGUCACUAGAAGUUCCCAGAGUGAGGCUGAGACGGAGGAAUAUUCCCAUGGGCAGUUUCGGUCGCGCGGCUGCAGCACGUGCACGCAUGAGAACAAAUGGUUCAAACGAUCGACCAAUCAGCGACGGCUCUGACGAUGUUCAGUCAAUGACAACUGCGGGAAGUUUUGAAGCCAUCUACUCGAGCGUGGACCAGCAUUCCCAGACCGACUCGUACUCCAGCGAGACAGUGACAAUAUCGAAUUUAAGUGACUCGGCAAAGGAGACGGAUAUUGAUUCGUUGUACGCAAAAGUGCGCAAGGGGAGCAAGACGCCGGCCUUAGAGGGCUGGGAAGACCCCAGCGACAGGGUAUCGGCCAUUUACCUGGACGACACUCUAAGAGAUUCCGAAAGCAUAGAGAGUAUCAUUAUCACUCAUCUAUAGCAUCAACAGCAGAGAUGCUCCUCAAUCACUGGUUUCAUCUACAGUAGAUUUAUCAUUUAUAUUAUUCA